AUGUCAGGAAGGAAUUUCACGGAAUUUGGCAUCGAUGUUAAAGAUUUACGAAAGCCCUACUAUAAUAAAGAAGAACCGUUCCUGCUGGAGGAAAAUUUGCCAUCAAAAAAUCCAUUUGAACUUUUUGAUAUGUGGUUCAGAAAUGUUGCAAAAAAUAAGGAUGUGACAUUCGAGGAAGUUAAUGCCGCUUGCCUUUCAACCGUGAUUAAUAAUCAACCGAAAUCACGAAUGGUUUUAAUGAAAGAAUAUGACAGGGAAGGUUUUUGCUUCUAUACACAUUAUAGUAGUGCCAAAGGAAUGCAAAUCGAUAAAAAUCCCCAUGCAUGCAUGCUGUUUUACUGGCCUAGUGUUGAUAGACAAAUUCGAAUAGAGGGCAAACUUGUGAAAUUGCCUGUUGAGGCAGCAGAAAUUUAUUGGUAUCAUCGGCCGUUAAAAAGUCGUAUUGGUUCAAAACUCAGCGAACAAAGUAAAAUUAUUCCAAAUAGACAGUAUUUGGAAGAUAAGAAAGAAGAGUUGGAGAAACUUGUCGCUGAAAAAGGUGAAAAAACAAUCACUAGACCGGAAGAUUGGGGUGGUUAUAGAUUGCUUCCGUCAUAUUUCGAAUUUUGGCAAGGUCAGUCUGAUCGGAUACACGAUCGUAUUGCUUUUGAAAAAAGAACGGAUGUAACAGAGUGGUUGAUUAAACGUCUUUCACCAUGA